ACAAUAAUUAGGUUAUUCUGUUCCUAAGUCUAUGCCGUCAAUGUCUUUGCUCCUUUGCUGUCAAGUUUGAGAAAGUGUAUGAAAGGUUGAAUGAUUAUUGAACAGAAAGUGCACAGUUGAUCGCCUUUUCUGACUAAUAUGUCAUAGUUUAUACUGCGGUACUUUGAUUUUUAUAAAAUUCGUUAAAAAUAUAAAAAAAAGAGUUGUUAAAUUUUAUUUUAAUAAAUUCGUAAUAUGAAUAUUUUAAAAUAAAAAAAAAUUAGAGUCGCUGUACUCGUAAAAUUGAAAAAUUAUAAAUUAUUAAACAGACAGCUGGAGUUGACAAUUUUUAUCUAUAAGUUAUUUAAUUUAUUAUAAGAAAUUGAUACCAUCAGUAAUUAUGGAAGACGAUCUUCCUGUCGAAUAUGAUGUCGUUGUAGUGGGAACUGGCAUGACAGAAUCUAUUGUCGCUGCUGCUGCCAGUCGAAUCGGCAAAAAAGUACUUCAUUUAGACAGUAAUGAAUACUACGGAGGAUUAUGGGCUACAUUCAAUUUUGAUGGGUUGCAAAAAUGGAUAGAAGAUUUGAAAAUUAUCCAAGAUACUGCUAGUGAUGUUGACAUAAAUCUUAAAGAUGGUGAAAAAUUUUUAAAAGCCAGCAACCAGUAUUCUACUGUUGAAAACAUUGAAGAAUCUUGGUUCAUAUAUAACGAUGCUGACUUACCAGAGUUAUCUUCAAAAGACACCCAAACUGAAAGUACCGAAGGAAAUAAAGACGAUACUUCAGACAAAGAUCAGGCUGAUGCAACUAAUCAUCAUGUCCAGCGUUGGUCCAAAGACCGCAUAAAAAAAGAAUAUAGACGAUUCAAUAUUGACUUAGCGCCGAAAUUACUCUUCGCUCGAGGGGAGUUAGUGGAACUGCUGAUAUCUAGUAAUAUCGCACGCUAUGCUGAAUUCCGAGCUGUUUCAAGAGUUGCUACAUACAUGGAUGGAAAACUAAUCCAAGUUCCUUGCUCAAGAGCUGAUGUAUUUGCUAAUAAGACCGUCAGUGUUGUUGAGAAGCGAAUGCUGAUGAAACUAUUGAUGUCUUGUAUGGAACAAGGCGCUGAUAGUUCAGAAUUCGAUGGAUACCGUGAUAAACCAUUCAUUGAAUAUUUAAAUACGAAAAAUUUGACGCCAAUAGUGAAACAUUACGUCAUGCAAGCUAUUGCAAUGGCUACUGAUAAGACUUCAUGUCGGGACGGCGUAAACCGUACAAAACACUUUUUGAAUAGUCUUGGUCGAUAUGGAAAUACACCUUUUUUGUGGCCUAUGUAUGGUAGCGGCGAAUUACCUCAAUGUUUCUGUCGCUUAUGUGCAGUAUUUGGUGGAGUUUAUUGUCUGAAACGUCAGUUUAAUGGAGUAGUAGUUGAAGAAGAUAAAUGCAAAUUUAUCGUUAGUGGAAAGCAAAAGCUCGCUCUUGAGCAUUUAGUCGUCGGGCAAGGCCAUAUACCUCCUGAAAUCGUUGACUCUGCAGGAGAAUUGAAAAUUUCUCGGGGAAUUUUCAUAACAGACAGAUCGAUCAUGCAAGGAGAGAAAGAAAAUCUAACUUUGCUUUAUUAUCCACCUGAAGAGCCUGAUCAAGAACCUGUUACUUUAAUUGAAUUAGGACCAUCGACUAAUGCUUGUCCUCAAGGCCUCUUUAUGGUCCAAAUGACCUGCAAACGCACUAAGACAGCCAAGGAAGAUUUGGAGUAUGUGGUGAAGAAAUUCCUUGGAACAGAUAUUCUUGAAUCGAAUGUACGCUACCCGACUGAUUCGCAUACGCAAACUAUCUCAUCUGAUGAUGAUCAUCAACAGGAAGGGAAUAUUGAUAAAGACAAAGAUGAGAAAAAUUUAAAACCUCAUGUAUUGUGGUCUUUAUAUCUGAACUUACCGGCUAGUGAUAUAAAAUUGAGUGAUUCAGCGCCAAAAAAUAUAUAUCUUUGUUCCGGGCCUGAUUUAGAUCUUGACUUCGAUUAUUCUGUAAAUCAAGCUAAAGGAAUUUUCAAAGCUAUGUAUCCCGAUGAAGACUUUCUUCCACGUGCUCCGGAUCCUGAAGAGAUCGUACUAGAGGGCGAUGAAACACCUGGGCCUAAAUUUGAUGAUCAUAUACCAGAAGAUGAAGAAAAUCCAACUUCAGAGAAAGAGUAGCAUGAAUAUUGUCAUUUAAUUAAUUUGUAAUUGAUGCUUUUAUAAUGGGAUAAGCCGCACAAGUAUAGCCUCCAUUCGUAUGGUA